GCAACUACAACUUUAUCCUUAAAUCCUCGGUCUAAUCUCUAUUUACCUCUCAUUAAUUACAUUUCUUAAUCACCAAGCACCAGGGUCAUUUCCGUAAAUCACUCGCUCAUUCCAGUACAAAAACCCUAACCGUACCCAUCAAGGUCACCGCAGGACACACCCCUCACUAGAAAAGCAAUUUUCGCUAUAAUUGUAGAGCACAGCAGAGAACGGUACCGGAGUCGGGCUACUAAAAAAAACCCGCUUAAAGAGCGAAUGCCACGUGUAUACCCUUAUUUUGGUGAUGACGUGUACACGUAACCGCAGCCUCCCUAUUUAUUUGUUCUCAUCCAUUUUUCUCUCUCCAAACUACAGUUUUUUUUAGAGAGAGAAAGAACACAUACAGAACUUUACACACUUUUACACGCAGUAAACGCAGUGAUUCAAUCGGAAUACACACACAGAGACACGCAGUAGUGUGUGUUUCUGCGCGUUCAGGCGAUUGGAAUCUCGAUUGCUUCUCCGGCUUACAUAUCCUCUCUUGGCUCGAGAUCCGAGCCAAGAACAGAGGAAUUUUGCUCGGCGCGUGAGAGGGUUUUUUUGAUAAGAAGAGAAAAUGGCUAGUAGCGAGGGGUUUCUGACGGAGGAGCAGAGGGAAAUGCUGAAAAUAGCUUCGCAGAAUGCGGAGGUGAUGUCUUCAUUGUCUUUGUCAUCGUCGCCUAAAUUCCCCGGCCCGAAAUCUCCCGGUCAAACCUCCUCGUUUCUGUCGGAGCAGCACCGUGUCAAGGCGCCGAGUGGAGGACAUUCUGCUGCGGCGGGGGGUGUGGCAGUCAGGCACGUACGCCGUACGCACUCCGGUAAAUCUAUCAGAGUUAAGAAGGAUGGUGCUGGCGGUAAAGGAACCUGGGGGAAAUUGCUCGACACUGAUGGUGAUUCUUGCAUUGAUCGGAAUGAUCCGAACUACGACAGUGGCGAGGAGCCUUAUGAGCUUGUUGGAUCAACAGUCUCGGAUCCUCUGGAUGACUACAAGAAAGCUGUAGUAUCCCUCGUAGAGGAAUACUUUAGCACCGGCGAUGUAGAUGUAGCAGUUUCUGAUCUUAGAGAACUAGGAUCGAGUGAGUAUCAUCCGUACUUCAUUAAGCGCCUCGUUUCCUUGGCCAUGGACAGGCAUAACAAAGAGAAGGAGAUGGCUUCAGUUUUGCUAUCUGCACUGUAUGCUGAUGUUAUAAAUGCAGCCCACAUCAGUCAGGGUUUCUUCAUGCUGGUUGAAUCUGCCGAUGACUUGGCUGUUGACAUAUUGGAUGCUGUUGAUGUACUUGCUCUAUUCAUUGCACGAGCGGUGGUUGAUGAUAUUCUACCUCCAGCUUUCAUACCCAGGGCCAGAAAAAUGAUUCAAGAAUCCUCCAAGGGAUAUCAGGUACUGCAAACUGCUGAGAAAAGCUAUCUCUCAGCACCACAUCAUGCAGAACUUAUCGAAAGGCGGUGGGGCGGAAGUACACAUCUCACUGUUGAUGAGGUGAAGAAAAAGAUUUCUGAGCUUUUAAGGGAAUAUGUCGAAAGUGGAGAUACUUCUGAGGCCUGUAGAUGUAUCAGACAGUUGGGCGUUUCGUUUUUCCAUCACGAAGUUGUGAAAAGAGCUCUGGUCCUAGCUAUGGAGAUUCAAAACGCAGAACCUCUCAUUCGGAAACUGCUGAAGGAAGCAGCAGAUGAAGGUCUGAUAAGUUCAAGCCAAAUGGUGAAAGGUUUUACUAGAUUAGCCGAGAGCCUUGAUGAUCUUGCCCUCGAUAUUCCUUCUGCCAAAAAGAAAUUCCAGUCCCUUGUUCCGCAGGCAAUAUCCGAAGGGUGGCUCGAUGCAUCUUUCCUAAAUUCUUCAGUGGAGGAUGGAGAGAAGAAACCAGACGAAAACGAUGAGAAAUUGAAGCGCUACAAGAGAGAAGUAGUUACCAUAAUUCACGAAUAUUUCCACUCAGACGAUAUUCCAGAGCUGAUUCAGAGCCUGGAAGAUCUAGGUAUGCCAGAGUACAACCCUAUUUUUCUCAAGAAGCUCAUUACCCUAGCUAUGGAUCGGAAAAACAGAGAGAAGGAAAUGGCAUCAGUUCUGCUAUCCGCACUGCACAUAGAGAUCUUCUCAACAGACGACAUAGUCAACGGGUUUGUAUUGCUAUUGGAAUCUGCGGAAGACACCGCCCUCGACAUCCUAGAUGCAUCGAACGAACUUGCCUUUUUCCUUGCAAGAGCUGUAAUAGACGAUGUACUCGCCCCUCUGAACUUGGAAGAGAUCGCCACUCUGCUGCCGCCGAAUUGCAGCGGUAGUGAAACUGUGCGUAUGGCACGGUCACUCAUAGCGGCACGCCAUGCUGGGGAGAGGAUUCUCCGGUGCUGGGGCGGAGGCACAGGGUGGGCGGUGGAGGAUGCAAAGGACAAGAUCCAGAAGCUUCUAGAAGAAUACGAGAGCGGAGGAGUUGUGGGCGAAGCUUGCCAGUGUAUUCGCGACCUGGGGAUGCCGUUUUUCAAUCAUGAAGUGGUGAAGAAAGCGUUGGUUAUGGCUAUGGAGAAGAAGAACGACAGGAUUUUGGAGUUGCUGCAGGAAUGCUUUGGUGAGGGGUUGAUUACUAUUAAUCAGAUGACUAAGGGUUUUAACAGGAUCAAAGAUGGGCUCGAUGACCUGGCGCUUGAUAUACCAAAUGCGAAGAAUAAGUUCGAGUUUUACUUGGAGCAUGCUAGGGAACACGGGUGGCUCUUGCCUGCAUUUGCUUAGCCGUCUUUUUUUCUUUCUUUUUCUUGAAGAGGGACAUUAAUUUUCACCUUGUUUCUCUCGCUCUCUGCAUGUUGUUGAAUUGUUCGUUUUUUUAUCUUCCGUGUUUACUAGUGACUUGUUUUUUGGCAUCGUAAGCGGAUCGGAUGGUAAGCGGAUCGGAUCGGUUGAUGGUGAUCUUGAUCUCUCCUGGAAUGUUUCUGUUGCAUUUUCUGUGUUUCCCUUAUGAAUGCUAUGAUGUAUAAAUUGGUAUAUCUUGUUUGUUCUCUUUUACAAUUUGUUAUAGCAUAGAAUACAACAUGUUUAU